CAUAUUGAUGCAGGAUUUAUAGCCAUGUAUGCGACUCUUGCGAGCCGAGAUGUGGACUGUAGUUUGAUUCCAGAAUCACCCUUUUACCUUGAGGGAUCAGGUGGAGUAUUGGAGUUCAUUGAGAAAAGACUAAGAGAACAAGGACAUAUGGUUAUAGUAAUAGCUGAAGGUGCAGGUCAGGAGCUAAUUCUUUAUAAUGAAAAAUUUAAUAAGAAUAGGCCAGAUGCUGCUUCAGAUGACUUGUUUCAUGAUGUUGGUCUUUGGUUAUCUCUCAAAAUUAAGGAUCACUUUGCAAGAAAUAAGAAAAUGACUAUAUAUCUGAAGUAUAUUGAUCCUACUUACAUGAUUCCUGCUAUUAAUGUGUUUUGCACCUUACUUGCUCAAAGUGCCGUUCAUGGUGCAAUGGCUGGAUACACAGGCUUCACAGUUGGUCCAGUUAAUGGCAGAAAUUGUUACAUUCCAUUUCAUCUUUGCUGUGGGAAAGCUUGUCAUGUAGAGAGCACCUACUUUUUUUAUGACAGUAGAAGAUCUUUGAAGAAUUUAAACCUUUUCCAUGGAGGGGUUGCUGAUAAACAAGCUGGAAAGUACAGUGGAGGGAUGAAGAGGAGGCUUAGUGUUGUGAUUUCAUUGAUUGGAUUUGGGGACCCCAAAGUUGUUUAUAUGGAUGAGUCGGGUACUGGAUUAGACCCUGCUACAAGGAAAUGUCUAUGGAAUGUUAUCAGGCUUGCGAAACAAGAUCGUGCAAUCAUUCUGACCAGUAUUCUAGCACUUUUUCAUGGACUUAUUAGCAUUAUAUUAUGCUUUAGAUAUAUUAGCCUGUUUUAG